ACCGCAAGGAUGAUCUUGGAGUUUCCACUAGAUGUGUGGGGUUUGAUCAUUGAGAGAGGCCGUUUGGACAUUCCCGAUGUGCUAAAUCUCCUAAGAGUGAACAAACAGCUUAACGUGCUUCUCAAGCACAAUUCUAUCUGGUAUAGAAUCAUGUAUAACAAAUACCUUAAACUCCAACUUCAAUUCGAUAUAAAGUCCGCCAAACAGUUGGUGCGUGCUAGAAAUGACGGUUCGACCUCACAGAACUACUUUCAGACUUGUAUGUGGUUCUACAAAAAGGACCUUGAAUAUCACAACAGUAUCCCAGACACAAAUGCAGAUAUAGGCAUGUUUUUGGAUAGGUUUUCUAUUGAUGAUGACUACUUGCCAAUAAUAUAUAACCAUUACCACCAACUUCCUCAAGACUAUACAGAGAUGAUUAGAAAGAAGAAUUAUCGGAUUCACUUGCUGGAAAGAGCUGAUUGCCUCAAUUUAUUACAAGCACAGUCUUUUAAAGUUGGUAUAGACUACUUGAGCAAGAUGUUUAACGGAGAGAUUGAUACAACGUCGGCCCUGGCCCUUGAAGAAUUCUGGUUCAAUAUCAGUCUCCUUGACCGGGCGUCUCAUAGCUUGGUGUAUACCAGACAGCAGGUCCUCAAGAGAAUAUUCAAGUUGCUUCACCGUGACAUACGAAUCAAAAUCUUCUUUAAUGAAAGCAUACAUCUGAAUGUGCUGCUAAUUCUGGUGGAGAACGAUAAGGACAUACUUGUUUUUAAGGAUGAGCAGGCUUUGAUGCAGUUGAUUGUUCAUAUAUUCCGGUUGUCGAUGUCGUGUUUAGAGUUUCAGAACCCAUUGGUUUCAAUUGACGAUGAGGUGGUGUUUGGCAAGUAUUGUUCAUCGUAUUUCCUAGAGGAUUUUAGUCUUCUUCGGCUUUAUGGAGGACAAGUCAAGGGUCACCCGUUCUUGAUAAUGGCGAUUCUUAUCAAAGUCAUUGACGAGUUUUUGAUUUCGAACUACAGAAUUAGGUUCGAAGACUCUGAGAACAUUGAGAAUCUCCAAAUCAACAUGACUUCAACUUAUCUUCGGGUCAGAAACCACUUGUUUUCGUUCGAUAGAAAGACCUUAACUCUCUUCACAAGUUUCGACGUCUAUACCAUCAGUGAAGUGGUGAUGAACUUGAGGAACAGAAGCUAUUUCGAGAUCUCCAAGUUCAUUGAGCCAUUGGAGUUCAAAUAUGUGGUGGAGUGUUUCCUUCAUUUAGACACAUUUAUGGAAGCAAAGUCUCUUGAUACAAUCAUGCGCCCUGAUUACUACUUCACCAACCCUAUUGUGAAUUUAAAUUCAUUUGUCCAUCACGAGUUUAACACUAUCUCAGCCCAAGCAUAUUCGUUUCUCAAGCUCUUGUGCCGCUACAUCCAAGAUAUUGACUCAGAAAAUGAUUUUCUCGAUUCGAUGUUCUGUAGGGAACUUGAACGGAGCAUGAACUAUUUGAACAACCACAUCUAUUUUAACGCUAUCUUCCACACGUUGCAAAACAACCCUCUGAAGCAAAAUAAAGUCAAGGCUCACUUCUUAGAUCAUCCAUCUGAAGAUUGGCUUUUUUCUGAAAACUUUGCUUUAUUUGAAGACAACUCUAAGAUCUCCAUUAAGAAGAUUUUGAAGAACUACUUCUUUGUCAAGGUAAGAGAUCCAACAAAACCGUUACAAUCCGGGACUAUUAUCAAGCAUGAGAAGUUUGAAACCUACGGAAUUGUUUUGGGCGAGGUGAUGACAACCAACGAGAAUACCCAUUAUUAUAGGGUCUACACCACUAAGAAAACCACUGAAUGCUACAACCUCAAUUCGAUUUCGGUUGUGGAUCAUAAUACAAAAGACUUGGAUAAACUCCUUAACUUCAUUCUCAAGUCUUGCGGUGAAGAUGUUAUUGCCUCGCUUUUCGGCAAUUGCCUAGUGUUAUCGGAGUCCCAUCCUCUACUUCUCAUGUUUUAACGAAUAUACAGCAUAAGUAUCA